AUGCUACCGGAAUCAAGGGAUCUGCUUGAGCAAGAGUGGGAUGUGUGCAAACCCUUGUGGUUCUGCCAUGCGGUGGAUCAGUUGGCGGAUCGUCUCAAAGGUGCGCUGGCAAACCAGCCAGACAAAGCAGUAGGCAAGCAGGCGUGCUUCCAGCGGAAGGUGCCGCUGCAGGCUCAGGAUGUGCCAUUGUUUCUUCACGAACUCUUUCCAGAGAUUGGUCCUUUGGCUGAAGACCUGUUCGCUGGAGAAGAACGGCUGGCAUUGGCGUUCUUGCGGCUCAACAAGCAGGACAUGGACGUUUUGCGGGGGUACAUGCAGAUGAGGAGGAUGGAUGCGGGACCACUUUGGUCAUCCAUCAGCGUCGGCGAUAUGAACUUUGGACGUUUCAUGUAUGUCAUCAGUGGUCGCAUGUUCGUGGUGAUGCUGCCCUUCGAUGCUUUCGAAAAGGCUGUCCGGGAGGACGGUGAGACGCUGGGGCAGGUGGCGGCAACAAUGGGCAACUACUCCAUCCAUGACGUGAUCGAGCUUGGCGGUUCCUACGUCUUGCUCGACCAAGGGGAGGGAUGUCAUUGCCCGCCAGGAUAUUUGACUUUCCAGUGCAACUGGCUGUACAUGCACUCCGAUGACCCCGAUGAUGCUCCGAAGGUGUGCGAGAGCUCGUUCUCGGUGAAGCUGUCCUAUCUUUCGAUCAUCACGCUGCCGCAGGGGCUCUUCCGGAAUGAGCCUGCGCUUCAGCUUGCUAGGAGGUGGAUGGAGCUGAGCCGCGACUCAGCCAAGACCUCAGAUCAAGUGAAGUUCAGACAGAUGGGGGAUGCUGGGUUAGAGCUUGUUGGCUAUUUGCUGCCGGCGGUCGAACCCGACGUCAAGCCGGAACCAGGAGGAUCGCCAGUGCUUCAGCAGCUUGCCCGUGAUGCUAUGGCUGUUGACGGAGCGGCGACUUUGGCCGUGGCUACGGUUGAUCCUGAGGGCGGCUCAGGCUCAAGUUCAGACGCAGCGAGCGGGGAGGAAGGCGGCGUGCCGCCACCGUCGAAGGAACUCAUGCUAGAACGCCCCGGUGCAGACGCGGAAGCAGCAGCCCAUGCCACAGCACCAGCACAGGAGGAGAUCAGCGGCGCAAAGGAGUCGAAGCAUGCAGCAGCGGAUGCCACAGCACAGGAAAGCAGCGGCGUGAACGCGGAGCCGAAGCAUUCAGCAGCCGAGUCCAAAGCACAGGAACGCAGCGGCGGCUUGCACGCGGAGCCGAAGCAUUCAUCAGCCGGUCCCGAUGCCGAUAUCCAGGCAGCAGACGCAGAUGACAGACUUUGGGGCCAGUUGGAGACGCAGCUGAUGGGGCCCACACCGAAAGUGCGAAUCGACUACGAUGACGUGCCGGUAGACUUGCAUGGCUUCUUGGCACAGGAUGAAGCGGACGUUGAGUAUGAGUUGGGCCGCGCGAAGGCACACCCAUAUUUCCAGGAGCACAUUUCAUACAUCAAGACCGAACUCGGCGUGGACGAUGAUUACGAGUUUCUCGGAACUGAGCCGUUCUUUCAAGAAUUGAAGGUUCUAGUCUCAUGGUUUGGCAGUGAUGAUUGCAUCGCCGAUCUUGAGCAUUGGUUCCAGUGGCUUCAGGGCAAGAAGACGGGGAAGAAUCAGCGCGAGGAGUCGCUGAUGCCUUUGAUCCCAGUUCCGAAGCCUACUUCCAAUUCCCAUGUGACGCCUUCUGAGCCGGAUGAGGCGACAAAGGCGCUGGACCAGCUGAAGAAGAUGCAGGAGAGCUCACGAAAGCGGGCUGAGGAGGCAGCGGCCAAGGGUAGGGCUAAGGCUAAGGCAACUGCCAGGCAGCCGAAAACACCGAAGACGAGGGCGACUCCAAAGGCCAAAGGAAAGACCAAGCCACUCAAAAAGUGA